AUGGCCAAUUCAGCUUCUGACGGUUUUCCUGACGAUUUUGAGGACACCCUCAUGCAAAUGCUGGAGGACGACUCCGAGAACGCCUCCAACAUGGGCGCUGCUUUACUCUCAACAAAUCCCAGUCUGAAGGCAUUGAUGCCCCCUGUCGACCCAGCCAGCCCCAAUGCUGCAGUCAACCAGCAGCUGGCCACUGUUGCCGAAUCCGUUCUCCAGGACGCAACCACGCAGCUUCCAGUCAAUGCUGUCGAUCCAAUUGGCGCUGACCCAAUUAACUCACUCCCCAUUGUGGCCCAUGAUCCGGACUGCCACAUCAUUGAGCCUCCCGCGGCAUCAAUUGAGAAUGCCCCCAUGGCUACGAACCCUGCUGUUUCCCCUGCGGGCCCUCAGUUCAAUGCGACCAAUGGUACGCAGCUCGUGAACACUCCUGCCGGAUCUCCUGUGAACGUCCCUGUGGCCAUGAAUGGUACCACCGCUCCAGUGGGCCAGGUCAACGUCCCCUAUGGAUUGCAGUACAUCAACGUCCCCACCGGAUCGCCUGAGAACGCCCCCGCAGGCAUGAACUACGCUGCUGCUCCAAUCGGCCCCCAGUACACCAUGCCCUAUGGCGCGCAGCCCAUGGGAACUCCUGAUGGCUCGCCCCAGAACGUCCAAAUGGUCAUGAACUACGGCGCUCCCCCAAUGGGCUACCAUUAUAUCCUGCCCUAUGGUGCUCAGCCCAUCGGCACUAUCGACGGAUCGCCUCAGAACGUCCCCGCCGUCAUGAACUUUGCCCCUACUGCAAACGGGGCCCAGUACUUUACGCCCUACGGUGCGCAGCCCAUGAGUGCCCCUGGCGGAUCGCCCCAGAGCCUUCCCAUGGCCAUCAACCACGGCACUGCACCGAUGGGCUACCAGGCCAAUGCGCCUCGCAACGUGCAGCAAAUGGUGACCCCCACUUCAUCGCCCCAGAAGACCUCCGCGGCCUUGACUCUGCCCCUUACUCCUGCUUCCAAGAAGAAGACAGGUACCACUGUCACCAAGGCCACGGGCCGAAGCCGAGCCAAUGGCACUCGUGUUGCCGCCAGCGUUGUGAGCAACCACGAAGUGUUGAAUAAUGUUCACCUCCCUCUGGCCAUUGCGACCCCUCAGGAUUAUGCGAAGCACGUCUCCCCAUUUUCUCCUGUCGAGCCAUCCGGACCCGAGUCCAAGAAGAGAUCGUUGCGCUCCACCCCUACCGCGGCUCAAUCCAAGAAGCGUGUUCUGGAGUUGACAAAUGAGCGAAGCUACAUGCAGAAGGCUCUUCGUGGUGCCACUACCAUUGACCCAGAGACUGGCAAAACCACCCUGGAAACUUCCCUGGAAUCAAACGCCACCCUCCGUCGUGUCAACACCACUCAGUCCAACGUCAACAAGAAGCUCAAGAAGGAUCUCGCAAGUGAGCGUGAGAAGUUCGUGGAGCUUGCCAAGCAAUACAAUGAGGUGCUGCUCAACCUCCGGUUCGCCGAGCAGGAUAACAUGGAGCUGAAGGCUCAACUUGACAAGAUUCAAUUGGACGCUAUUUUGUAA